UCAAAACAAAACAAAGUACAAACACCUGAACAACAAAUGAAAUGAACAAAGACUCGGUUAAAAAUAUUUACGUUUUACUUUAAUCAAAUUACAUUACAUUUAUACGUUACAAUAUUAAUAAUUUAAUUAAUAAAUUACCGAUUACUUCGGCGCGAUUACGAAUUAUUUUGCGCCGGUAAUUUUCGUUUUCAACUUUGCCGACUGCGAAUACAAAAUACAAAAACGCCGCCGCCGCCGGUGUUAUCGUGUAAAAAAUGGAAGUGAUUCGCAAGAAAAUACGAUUUCGCGUAAUUUUUGUAAUCGACGUGUUUCUGUUGCUUUUUGUGCAAGUGCUACAAGGAGCGUCGUUGAAUUAUUAUUUCAUCAAGCAGUUCGAAGAAUAUUUCACGACGUACUUUCUGUUUAUUCUAGAUUUCUUGUGCUCGUGCGUGUUUGGCGGUACGUUCUAUUUGUCUUACGUAUAUUUCACCAGACCGGGUAAGCAUAUUCAGUCGUCGACGUCGUCGUCGUCGUUGGGUGUGCGCAGAAAUUUCACAAGCAGCGUGAAGAAGAGCUUUCCCGAAUCCACCUACGGCGUAUUACCUUUGAGCUACGUAUCGUGGUUGAUUUACGUAGCCGUUCUCAUAUCAAAAUUGUCCAUCAUCUUCGGAACGGACAUUGUAUUUCAUCUAGCCAGCGAGUAUCCUUCUCACGCGUACACCAGUCAAAUAUUUCAGGUAAAGGUAUCUUUGUCUGCCUGCCUGCCUGCCUGCCUGCCUGCCUGCCUGCCUGCCUGCCUGCCUGCCUGCCUGCCUGCCUGCCUGCCUGCCUGCGAUUACGUGUCGGUCGCGCUAUCCAGUAUUGUUUUCAUGCUGCUGGUCGAAGGUCACAACUGGCACAAAAAGUCUUCCGAAUGCUAUUCUUACGUGACGGCGGUUUGCAAGAAAACCGGUAUCGAAAUUUUCGAUUCGGUCGAAAUGUUACAAUUCCUAAUCACCACCGACCACCUGUGGAAGCCGAUAGAGAACGCGGUAUUCGUAUUGGCGACGGUUAAUUUCGUAUUGCCGGCGCUGUCGUUGUACGCGCUGAGUAUAUCGGAUUUCGGCCGAAACGUCACCCGCAGAUGUUUGCCGCUUCGCAUAAUUCACAGCGUCGCGCGACUACUAUUGAUCGAUAUCCCAUUUUUUGCGGUACGUCUGCACGUUCUCAUUGUCAACAAACAAAUCUCGGCUUUCAUGAUGAAGAAUUUAUUCUACAUCUUGUUGGCGGUCAGAGAACUGUAUCUGGACGUGUUCAUGUACUGCAAACCGACCGACAAGUCGUCGUCGUCGCGUAAAAGUUCGCCUCCCAAGCACGAAGAAAUACCGCUGAGUAACGAACAAACUCAAACCGACGCGGACGACGGCGACGGCAACGUUGAAAAUGAAAAUACUCGCAAAUUCAAUCUCGAUAGCUGAUCUCGUCGUCUCGUGGUUGUGCGAAAACUGAGAAAAUCAAAAAUGACGACGCGACGCGGUGGCCUAAUUAUUCUUAUACCUUGGACGAACCAUACCUGACUCGUACCUACAUAUCCGCGUCAAGUACAUACAUACUCGUACGUAUCGUUUAUCUACGAGUAUAUCGUACGAACCUAUGUAUGUAGUACGUAGUACGUAGUACGUACACGACACACGUUCGAUGUUGUAUUUGUAUAAUGUAUGUAUAUUAUGUACUCGUAACUAGUAUGUAACUUUUGUAAGUGUAAGCUCAAUUGAUCUCGUUUGAAAAAUCUAGACUGCCAGUGCCUCUCUACCGAGUACCUAUAUGUCUUGUCUAUGUAUGUAAUAUGCGUUAUGCGUUAUGCGUUAUGCGUACUCUGAUUUCAUAUUUUUGUACUUAUUAUUUGUACUAUUACUCGUAUUGUACUCGUUUGUAAUUGUAAAUGUGUUUACUUUCUACCAAUACCGUACGUAUUUACCUGCGCAUUUUUUUUACGAGUACUCGACUUUUUUUAAAUCUGUAAUUGAAUUUUUUUUUAAGUAUAGACGAUAUUCGACGUACGAGUAUUGGUAAAUUAUUUAUACAGUACAUACUCGUAUGUGUAUAUAAGUUUGUAAAUGUAACUAACUCGAAAAGCUAUGUGUCGAUUUGUACGAUUCAAUAAAAAAAUGUCUUCAGCGUG